AUGAGUGUGCAGACCCCACCCACACUCAUGCAGCUGGCACGGAAGGCUCUGCUGAGAAAUGAAGCAUUGGCCAUCUCUACUCUGGAGAAACUGCCCACGGAGCUCUUCCCAGGCCUCUUCAAGGAUGCCUUCCAUGGCAGACAUGCUAGGGUUGUGAAGGCAAUGGUGGAGGCCUGGCCUUUCCCCUGCCUCCCUGUGGGGACUUUGAUGAAGUCUCCCAACUUGGAAACCUUCCUGGCUCUGCUUGAUGGCAUAGACACGUAUCUGGACAGAAGGUUUCACCCCAGGAGGGAGCAACUUCAGGUGCUCGACCUGAGGCAAGUGCGCUAUGACUUCUGGAGAAUAUGGACCGGAAGAGAGGGUGGGGAGGGCGCUGCAGAGAUUAUGGAAGAGAAGCAAGUAGUGAAGGUUCUUCCCAGGUACACACUGAGGAGGCGUCUGAAGGUCAUAGUUGAACUCUGCCUUUGGCCCAACAUGAGGGAAGAACAGGCAUGCUUCCUGCAGUGGGCCCAGCAGAGAAAAGACUCCCUACAGCUCCUCUGUACGAAGAUGAAGAUCAAGGUAAUGCCUGCAUGCACUAUCAAAGCGCUCUUGAAUUUCCAGCCGCAGCACAUUGAAGAACUGGACCUGUACUUGGUGUAUGAUAUGUCCACCCUGGAAUGUUUCGUUCCCUGCCUCGGCCAGAUGAGAAGUCUUCACAAACUCUCCUUGACUUUUAUCGUCCAGAACACUUUGAGAUUUGGCAACAGAACAACAGACACAGAAGAGGAGUGUGCCAGGACAUUGAUUUCUCAGUUCUCCAAGUUUAACUGUCUGCAACAUCUCUUCUUAAUUGGGGUCUAUUUUCUGAGAAACCGCAUGGAACAGUUACUCAGGUGCCUUACAACCCCCUUGGAGACUCUCACCACCACUGGCUUCCAUCUGUCACAGCGCGACUUGGAUUACUUCCCCUUAUGUCACAGCCUCUGUCAGCUAAAACAUCUGGACAUGAGUGGUGUGGCAUUAUUGACCCUAUCUCUUAUGCCUCUCCGAGUUCUGUUAGAGAAUGUGGCAGACACUCUGCAGUCCCUGGACUUGCGGCGCUGCUGGAUGAAGGACUCUCACCUCACUGUUCUCAUCCCUGCCCUUAGCCAGUGCUCACAGCUCACUAAGCUAAACUUGUAUGACAAUGACUUCUCCAUGCCCAUCCUGAAGGACCUUUUGCACCACACAGCCAACUUGAGGAAGUUGAGUGUGGAACAGUACCCUGUUCCUCUGCAGUGCUAUGAUGAGUCAGGUUACAUCUUUGUAGAGAGAUUUUCCCAUAUUUGCCGUGAGCUCAUGGAUAUACUCCGAGCCAGAAGGCGGCAGCCCAAGGGCAUCUCCUUUGCUACCUAUACCUGCCGUAAAUGUACUGCGCGCUGUGUGUAUGACCUGGAACCCAGACUUUGUUUAUGUUGGCCAUAA